AUGGACCUCGGCUUCUUGAAAAGCUUUCCAGCCGCCGAGGAACCAAGCGGGGAGGAUCCUCUGGUGAUUGCCUUGGCGCGCAAAGCAGAGGCAGAGAAGCAACGACAGGAAGCCUCGCAAGCGCGCUGGGCCUCGUGCCAGGACCACAAGGUGUGGCUGGCUGAGAAGAAUUGGAGAAAGCAAGUCCGAAAGAAGAAGGAGGAGGAGCGGCAGCGCCUGGCCCGCCAGAAGGCGGCCGAGGAAGCGCGAGCGGCCGCAGCCAGGGCCGCCAAGGAGAUCCCGGUGGCGGUUUCUGCAGAGCAGGCGGCCAAGGCGAAAGCAGAAGCGGCCUGGAAGGAAGCGCAGGCGGCGUGGCUUGAAAGCGAAUGGCAGCCUUUGCUGGAGAAGCGGAAGCAAGAGGCCAAAGCGCAGAGGCUGGAGGCCGAGCUUUCCUUGGCAAGGAAGCAAAGGGCGGAGUUGGAUCGAAGGAGCUACGAGCAGCGGGGGAUGGAGUCUGAGGACGACCGGCAACAGUCAGUGUUGGAGUUUCGGGAGAAGGAGUGUUCGAGACUCUCUCUGAGAGCUCAGACCCCAAGGGUGGCCGCCUCGAUCGCCCGGUCCAUCGAGAUGGUUUUGGAGAUGCGGGGCCUGGAGAUCCGCUGGAAGCAAUCCUUGGAGGAGCGGCGCGCGGAAGAGCAGCGCCUGCUUCUCUUGCAGAUGGAGGAGAGGAAAGAGCGGGACUACCGAGACUGGCGGAGCAUGGUCCACGAGGAGCGGCUGAGGCGCUUGAGGCUCCAAUACCGCGAGGAGCACCGCGAGGCUUCGCUUCGGGAGUGGAAGCGCAUGGAGCUGCUGGGCCGCGACGCCCUGAGAGAGGAGGAGGAGCGCUUGGCGGCGCAGUUGGAGACGGCCUUGGCGAAGUCCCAGCGGGAGAAGAAGCGGCUCGAGCAGCAGGGCGUGUCCCCUCAGCGAGUUCUGGAGGAGGCGAAGGCUUUGGCUGAGAAGCAGCGAAAGGUCUUGGAGGAAGUGGGCCCGAAGCAAGCGGAGCAGGAGCUUUGGGAGGCCUUGCUGACGAAGAACCGAUUGGCGAGGAAGAAGGAGAUGGAGUCCAAGGAGCCACGCUGGGGUUUCUUUGCCGAGCCCGCCUGA